AUGGCUAUCCAGAAGCUUCAAGUGGGAAUGGCCGGUCUUGGUCGUGUCGGCAAGUUCCACGCCCUCAACUUUCUCCAGCGAACUCCUCGUGCUGAGCUUGUUGCCGCAUUUACUCCGGAUCCAAAUGAGAUAUCCUGGGGCAAGCUGAAUCUUGAGCCUCAUGGGGUAACUCUCUAUGAUAAUUAUGACGAGAUGCUCAAGCACCCCGGGCUCCAGGCCGUGGCUAUUGGGACUGCAACAUCGGUGCAUGCCGAGGAGGCUAUCAAGGCUAUUGAGCAAGAUUUACAUGUGCUAUGCGAAAAGCCUCUCUCUAUUGAUGUCGAAGUGUGCAAGGCUGUGACUCAGGCCGCGAAGAAGAAGCCGCAUCUGAAAGUGAUGUGCGGAUUCUCUCGCAGGUUCGACGAGUCGUACCGGGAUGCCUACAGCAAGACGGAACAAGGUCUAAUUGGACGUCCUUCUGUGAUUCGUAGUCAAACUUGCGACAAGUUUGAUCCUUCCGGCUUCUACGUCGAGUACGCUGCCUGGUCCGGUGGCGUGUUUGUCGAUAUGUGCGUCCAUGAUAUUGACCUAACUCUCUGGUUCUUUGGAGAUGAUGUCAUCCCGAAGAGCAUCUCAGCACAUGGCAUCACAGCUGUGCAGCCAGAGCUGAAGAAACACAAGGAUUAUGACAACGCCGUCGGCAUAGUCGAGUUCCAGAACGGCAAGAUUGCUUAUUAUUACUGUACACGCAUGAUGGCCCACGGCCAAGAGGACACCACCGAGAUUAUCGGGACUGAAGGCAAGCUGUCUGUGAACAGCAAUCCGCAGCGCAAUUUCGUCAAUCUUUACCAUGCGGGUGGUAUCACUCGUGAAGUCCCUCCGAAUUUUAUGGGGCGGUUCGGCCCUGCUUUUGUGCAGGAGGCGAAUGAGUUCACUGCCGCAUGUCUGGAUGACACCCCACUCCCGAUGAAACUCAGUAAUGCUGUCAAAGCGGUUGAGAUUGGGGCUUAUUUGCAAGAGGCAUUGAGGACGGGGAAGCAGAUUCACUUUGAUGAGAUUGGCCGACGCAUUGAGACGGCUCAGCUGUAA